GCGAAAAGAAGUACUCUACUAAUACAUUUAGGUGAGGCGACAAAUGUGCGCUAUUCAAAUUUAUUGCGCCUCGAGCCGCCAACCCUCAACAACAGUCGUUAUGUGGUUCGAAGUGAUCGCAAAUUUCGUAUAUCCUGUAUAUGUCAGAAGGCAACCACAGACUGCAUGUAUCUCACUUGGAGAAAUGAAUUCGAUCGUAAAAUAGAUGGCGAAUCAUCCAGCAGCUUGUUCACGGUGGAACUGCAAGAACACGACUCGAUGUACAAAAAAUUAUCGUUGGUAUUCACACGAAUUGCGAAGCGUGAUGCUGGAUUUUACAAAAUUCGAUGGAAGGAAAGCAGUGAUGUUGUUGGAGCAAUGGCUGGAGAAUCGCUAACCAUCGACUGUGGAGCAACUGGAGAUCCAAGGCCGGAAACACAUAUCACUAGUCGUGAUGGACAACCGUUAAAUGAAAGUAUGUUCAUUGUGGCUGGACCAGAAAUCACGGUGAAGAAUCUGACUGCUGACUAUCAGGACGUUAUUAUUAAAUGCCUGGCUGUGCAGGAAUACGUCCAGUACGAUGCUACAGUUGUUGAACAACAUGAAAUUCGAUUAGAUGUUUGGUGUGAGUUUUUCAAUUAG